AUGUCAACCACCUCAUCCUCCGGCCCAUCAUCAUCGUCACUCCACCAUCACCACCACCAUCAACAGCAACAAAAUACGAACACGAAAGAUCGGAAACGUUCAGCCCACUGGACUGACUCUGAUACCGAAACCCUGGUAAAUCUGUUAUUGAGGUAUAAGGACUCAGGUAGAACGGCGGAUAAUGGAUUCAAGCCUGAGAUAUGGGAAGAAGCUUCGAUAUUGUUAGAAGGGAAUACAUAUAUGGGUGGUCCGAAGACUCCGGAUGCCUGUAAGAGUCGGUGGCAGCGGCUGCAACGCGACUACAAAGCUGCCAAGGAUAUGGAAGCCAUGCCCGGUUUCAGCUGGGAUAGGACCACUAAUAGGUUGUCUGCUUCGGCUGAAUGUUGGAUAAAUGCUGAAAAGCAACUCGACGCUUACAAAUAUCGUAAAAUCCAUUUACCGACCUUUGAUUCCAUUGCUAUACUAUGUACCAACGAUUCAACGCGAACUAGACCAAGAGCUCCGAAAGGAAGAUCAAGUUUAGGUUCAAUCUCAAAUGCCAGUAGCAUGUUAUCGCUAAGUACGACAUCUACUUCCAACAACCAGAACGGCAACGCGAACGGAAAUGGGUAUCAGCAUCAGAACAGCAUACCUGAUUCGAAUGCCACUGCAGAAGCUAUGGCGCAAUUGCAAGUCCAGAAUGAUCAGAAUGUUUUCACUUGGUCUACGAGUACUGGGAAUGGUGAUAACGGGAAUGGGGAACAGGAUGGUACGGAAGAUGGGUUCGAAAAUGCUUUUGGAAUGUCAGAUGGUUCCCAACCAUUCAAUCUGGGUCAGAAACGCCCAUUACCAUUCGAUCCCUCUAUCUUAUCCCCUGCAAUAAACACAAAUCACGGUCCUGGUCCACCUCAAAACGCUAUGCACCAUAAUUUACCUAUACCGCAAGGUAGUCCGCCGAAGAAACCACGUCCAUCGCAUUCACAAGCUAAAUCACAUACCUUACCCACUCACUUUGCCCAUCAACAAAUGACAACGAAUCAGCAGAUACAGCAUCACCUUCCACCUGCACAUACUAUUCCUCAGCAUUUCUACCUACCCCAUACCCAUACCCACACGCAAAACCAUACACCUUCCCAACCUUCCUCUCAGGUUAAUUCGCAGUUGAACAUGGUAUCUGUACCCCACUCACCGGAAUUCAGCUCGUCAACUACAACUACAAGUAAUCAUCAAAACUUAUUGGAACCUUCAUCGAUUAUACAGACACCUCCAUCUGCAUCUUCUACAAGCAUAAUCAGGCAAUUCACACCCAUCACCACUUCCGGCUCCUCAUCAAAUAUACAAGGUUUGACUGGAGUCGUAGUAGGAGGAGGGAUGGGAAUACAGGAAAUAACAAAUGCAGGAUUAACCGAAUCUCAAAGAUUGACCAAAGCGAUUUUAUUGCUUCAGAACCAACAGGAAGUUUAUGAGUUGAAAGACGAUGAUUUGAUUGAGAUCUUCAACGAAUUUGAAAACAAUAUCAAUUCUGCUGACACCUAUUUGGCAAUCUCAAAAGAUCAUCUAAGGAAAAUGUGGUUGAUGAAGAUACUCAAGAGACGUAACGGUAGUAGUGGCAAGAAGUAG